AUCUUCAGAAGUCAGUCCUGAACAUCAGAUUGUGUAGAGCAACCAAUAGUCUUGGCACUGGCUUGUGAUGGUCAAGGUUUUCUAUAGGACCCUUUGGAUAAUGACUCAACAGGUUGUCACCCAUUCCUGUUGCUGGAUUUGUAACUUGGUGGCACAAGAUGUCUAAGUGGAGCCUCGUGUCAUGUUAGUUUUUGGCUCCAUAUGUAUUCCAUACAUAUAGGAAGCUAAUAGAGUAGCAGAUUUCCAUUUAAUUUUUUCAAAGGGACUUUAGUGUUUGUUGUCCCUCCCCUUAUUUCCUACUUUACCUAGGCUUGCAUGCCAGGGCUGUGGGUGCCUGGUUAAGAAAAAGAAACUGACCCUCUUCCUUAUCAAGUAUGAAUCUGUAUGCCCAUUCCAACAUGCAGCCAGCAGGUGACCAGGAUACACUGGAGAGAGUGAUCAACUCCAGUCAACAUCAUGUUGAUGAAUAUGAAAGGAGGGUAAUGGGGCUUGAAAAAUGCGAGGGAGGUAGAAGUGUGUACCCUUUGCCUCUACCCAUUUCUCCCGGUUCCCUCUCAUUAACCCCUCCUAUUCUAGCUUUUAUCUCUUCCCAACACUAUACACUCCUUCCUCUUCCUGGGGCGAUAUUCUUCUGCUCCCUAGUUCCCUAGUAGAUAGUCAGGAAUCCUGUGUGGUUAUCCAGAUUGUAGUUCUCAUAUCAGAUACUUAAAACCUAACAUCCUUAACAGCAGACACAUGAAAUGUUUGUUGUUUUGGGUCUGGGUUUGCCAAAUCAGGAUGAUUUUUUUAGGUCCAUCAGGCCAGUCUUAGGGUUACAGAUUGCAAUGGCUGCCCUAACUGCCCUCAGUACUCCCUUUGAAGGCCAUGCAAAUAGAUCUACUUCAGCGUCAACAUUGACAGAGCUUUGAACAAGCACUGAGGGGGCUGGGCUCCUAACAGUGGAGUCUGAGGGGGGCACACAUGGAGCAUAAGCAUAGGGUACAGUCCGUAAGCCAGCUCCAUUGUGAGCUCAGAGCAUGUCACUAUGGUGGUGCCAGUGCAGCUGUGUUACUAGGUGAUGAAGUAUAGUUCAGUUAACCCUGAACGAGCAGGUCUUGCCUACACUUCUUUGGCAAGAAUUGGUGAUUUUAGCAAACUCUUAUCGUAUAAUUUGGGAGGUGGAGAUUAGCUAAAUGGGAGGGAAGAGAGAGUAAGAAGGUCCUGGGCGGCCCUAGCGCUCCAUAAUGGAGGAAGAUUUUGAAUAUGAUGCUCUGGCAUUGAAGUUCCCCAGAAGGGGACGCUGGUACACCCGUCUGUGGCGCUCCUGUCCUGGUUUUGGAUGCCUGCGUCAAAAGAAAACGACGAAAUUUCCCCUCUAUCUGAUCGGGUAUGAUCCCGUGGGUCGAUUACAAACAGCGGCCUGUGUUGGGGACGUGGAGAAAAUUGAAAGUAUGAUCCAUGAGUGUCAUCAUCAUGUGGAUGAAUCUGAUUGGAGGGGCAGGACAUCGCUGCAUUAUGCGAGUGCCCACAACCAUCCAGAUGUAGUGACACUGUUAUUAGAAAAUAAGUCCAACAUUAACAUCCAGGAUGAUGAAGGCUGCACACCGUUGAUUAAGGCUGCGCAGCGGGACAACACACAUUGUGUUUGUGUAUUGCUCAGGCACAAUGCUAAUCCAAAUUUGAUGGAUUACAGUGGGAAUACAGCCUUUCACCAUGCCAUUUCCAGGGGCAGCAUAGCAAUUGUAAAGAUGCUCCUGGAGUACAACGUAGAUAUUGAAGCCAAAACAGAGUAUGGCUUGACACCACUGCAACUUGCAACAUAUGAAAAUCAGACUGAAAUGAUAAACUUCUUAGAAUCAAUGAGUGCAGAUGCACAGGCCGUGCAAGUGUCAAACAGUGCAAGAACACCAGCACAUAAAAAAGAAGUGAAGCAUGUAAGAUUUUUGGAAGAAGCUGGUAAGAGACUUACAGGAACAUCACCAUGGUGUGUGAAUGUGGAUAAUGUCAGCUCUACCUCCUCUGUGAAGGGAGAAUCGGGAAGAAAAUUCCAUAUAAUACCUAAGAAGAUCCAAAACAUUUUUAGAAAAUCUGGAGUUUAUGUGUCUUCUCGGGUAGACCCAAUUCUUGAAGUAUGGGAAGAAAAUACAUCUGCAACGGUAAUCCCCACUGAUCUGAGAAGUAACCUAUUUCCUUUUGUCAAGGGGAGUGAUGGGUGUUUGUGCCUAUGCCUUCCUAGUGCAAGUAGUGAACGAGUAGAGAAAGAUCAGCCUUGAGCAUUCCCUUCACAC